CACACGGCACCAGGCACGCCCUCCGUCACCGCUCAGGUGCUCACCACUGACGAGCCGCCGCGGCGUCAUGGCCACAGCAGCGCCCGGUCCCGGCUCCCGGUCGCGGCUCCUCCCCCUUGCCCUCUCCUCCUUCCUCCUCCUCCUCCUCCUCCUCCUCAUCGCGCCGGGGGCCGCCGCGCAGCCGUGGCAAUCCUGCGGGAACACGGACAACUACUCAGCCAAUAGCACUUACCAGUCCAACCUCGCGAGCCUCGCCAAGGCGCUCCCCGCGAACGCAUCCCGGUCGGCGACGCUAUUCGCGGAGGGCAGCGCCGGCGCCCUCCCCGACGCCGUCUACGCGCUCGCGCUCUGCCGCGGGGACAUCAACGCCACGGCCUGCGGCGCCUGCGUCACCACGGCGUUCCAGGACGCGCAGCAGCUGUGCGCCUACAACAAGGACGCCGCCGUGUUCUACGACGCCUGCUACCUCCGCUUCUCCAACAAGGACUUCAUCGCCAGCGCCACCAACAACGGCGAUGCCAUAGUCCUCAUGAACUCGCAGAACGUGAGCCCGCCCGUGCGGGCCUUCGACGCCGCCGUCGCCGUGCUCCUCAACGCCACCGCCGACUACGCCGCGGCCAACUCGUCACGGCGGUUCGCCACGGGGGAGGAGGGCUUCGACGCGACCGAUCCCACCAUCUACGGGCUCACGCAGUGCACGCCGAACAUGUCGCCCGCCGAGUGCCGGACCUGCCUCCGGAGCAUAAUUUCCGAUAUGCCGCAGUACCUCAGCGGCAGGCGGGGCGGGAGGAUUAUCGGCAUGCGCUGUAAUUUCAGGUAUGAUCUCUAUUCUUUCUUCUCCGGGGGGCCGUCGCUGCGGCUGCCAGCGCCGUCCGCGCCGGCGCCGGCACCGUCUCCUGCGCAGGUUAACGUGACGCCGACGGUAACCCCAACAGGGAGAAGCAGAAACAGAACGGGAAUUGUUAUAGCAAUUGUAUUGCCUAUAGUUGCUGGCGUGCUAGCUAUAACUAUGGUUUGUCUCUGUUUCCUGUGGAGGAGAAGGCCAGCAAGAGAUCAGACAUCAUCUUAUUCAGUUAAUCAAUCAGAGAUUGAAAGUAUUGAUUCACUUCUUCUCGAUAUAUCAAUGCUACGUGCUGCAACUGAUAACUUUGCUGAGAGCAAUAGGCUUGGUGAAGGAGGUUUUGGUACAGUCUAUAAGGGUGUCCUUCCUGACAACCAAGAAAUUGCAGUGAAGAGGCUCUCACAGAGCUCAGGGCAAGGAAUACAAGAGCUGAAAAAUGAGCUUGUUUUGGUUGCCAAGCUUCAGCACAAGAAUCUUGUCAGGCUUGUUGGUGUUUGCUUGCAAGAAUAUGAGAAACUGCUUGUGUAUGAAUACAUGCCCAACAAAAGCAUCGACACCAUUCUUUUUGAUUCUGAGAAAAGCAAGGAGCUAGAUUGGGGAAAGAGAGUUAAGAUAAUAGAUGGAAUUGCUCGAGGGUUACAGUAUCUCCAUGAAGAUUCUCAGUUGAAGAUUAUUCACCGGGACCUUAAGGCGAGCAAUGUCCUUUUAAACUCUGAUUAUACUCCUAAGAUAUCUGAUUUUGGCCUAGCAAGGCUAUUUGGUGGGGAUCAAUCACGGGAGGUCACAAAUCGAGUCGUCGGAACAUAUGGAUAUAUGUCUCCAGAGUAUGCCAUGCGUGGCCACUAUUCUAUAAAGUCAGAUGUCUUCAGCUUCGGCGUCUUGAUCCUGGAAAUAUUAACCGGAAGAAGCAGCAGUGGUUCCUUUAAUAUCGAGCAAUCUGUUGAUCUCUUAAGUCUUGUCUGGGAGCACUGGACAAUGGGAACAAUUGUGGAGAUCAUGGAUCCAUCUCUGAGAGGCAAAGCUCCUGCAGAACAGAUGCUGAAAAAUGUCCAUAUCGGGCUACUGUGUGUUCAAGAUAACCCUGUUGAUAGACCGAAGAUGUCAACAGUAAACAUCAUGCUCAGCAGUGGCACUAUGCCUCUCCAGUCUCCAUUAAAGCCAGCAUUCUUCAUUCCCAAGAGCGGCUACUACUCAACUGUUCAUUCAGAAUCAUAUCCUAUAGCUUCCCGAUCCGUCGAUAAUGGCAAGCCAGGGGCGAUAUCACCAAACGAAGUGUCAAUUACAGAGCUGGAACCAAGAUGAGGCCAUAGUAGUUGGACAUGGUUGUUUGUUGUAGCAUCUAACACUUGACGCUAGUGGCUAAGGACUUUUUUACCCAGGCACAUGGGUGACAGUUUAGCCUUAGAAUUGAUUGUCAUUAGUGCUUGAGAUCUUUUUUCCCUUUUGUUCGAACCAGAAAUGAGCCGGCGGACUGUCCGGCCCUGAGGCCGGACGGUCCGCGGUCCGGACGGUCCGCGCCUGUGGGCCGGACGGUCCGCGCGUGCGCAGAACAGAUUAGGGUUCCGAGUUUUGUGCUACGGUUGUUAGCUAUAUUCGCGGGAUUAGCUCGGAAUCAGUUGUGUAAAGGGUCCAGCCCCCCUCCUCUAUAAAUAGAGAGGUCUACGACCGAUUUGUAAUCAUCAACAAUCGAAUCAAUACAACUUCUAUUCGCAUUUU